AAACACGAUUCAGAUAGUUAAACCCUUUGCACGAUACAACGCGCGUAACGACCGCACGACGUUUUCCUUCAGCACAAAAAGCACCGCUUGUUUUUGGAUCCUCAACUGGCAUGUCUUUAGUCUGCUGUGUGUCUCGUGUGCGCAAACCCGCUCCCAAACUUUCACUUUAAGAAGGCGCGUCUGCUGCUGCGGCGUAAUGUGUGUUUAUUACAGUCCUCAAAGUAGCACAUGGAAACCACGGCUGAAUGUCUGCACGACGCACACCUAGAACUACCGAUUCUGUCGAGCAACGUCAAAUGCUGUGGAGAAACUGAUCCACGCCGCGUGUCCCGUUGGCUCCACCGAACCAUUUCCCUUUCCGUCAGCGGCGCCGGCAGCUCGGGUGAGGCGAGGCGCGCAGGGAGCCGGGAGGAAAGGGAGGCGGGGGGGCGAUCGGUGGACGCAGGCAAGACGGGGUGCCGGGCACCGGUCCAGGCGAGACGCGAAAUAAGUCACCGGACGGAGGCGAGGCACAUCGGGACGUGGGUAGGAAUGGAAGCUCCGCCGUCCACGGGCCGCUGUGCGCGCACCUUGGCCGAACGGGAGUAACCGAGCCGUGGAGCGAGGGCUGGGAUGGCUGCGUCCAGCAACUCAAGCCUCUCAGGUUCAUCGCUGUCCUCAGACCCUGAGGAUUACCAACCACCCAUAUGGAAGUCCUACUUGUACCAACUACAGCAAGAAGCCCCGAGACCAAAGAGGAUCACUUGUCCCCAGGAGAUGGACAACAGACCCAAAUACUACGGCAGAGAAUUUCACGGCAUGAUCUCUCGGCAAUAUGCUGAUGAGCUUCUGGCGGGAGCAGAGGGUGCUUACCUCAUCAGGGAAAGCCAAAGACAGCCAGGGACUCACACCUUGGCCUUAAGGUUUGGGCACCAGACCCUCAACUACAGAUUGUUUUAUGACGGGAAGCACUUUGUCGGGGAGAAGAGGUUCGAGUCGGUCCAUGACCUUGUGACAGACGCCCUUAUCACUCUCUACAUUGAGACCAAGGCGGCGGAGUACAUUGCCAAAAUGACCACUAACCCCAUCUACGAGCACCUCGGUUACACCUCGUUGCUCAAGGACAAGAUGGUGCACAGGCUGAGCCGUGGACGCACAGAACCACGCAGGGUCACCUUCCAGAGAGAUGAAAAGAUAUCAUCACCGCUAGUGCGACGGAGUGCCUUGAAGGAUACGCCAGAGAAGCAGUGCUCAUACGAGAAGAUACACAAUUUUAAGGUACACACCUUUCGAGGGCCACACUGGUGCGAGUACUGCGCCAACUUCAUGUGGGGCCUCAUCGCCCAGGGUGUCCGCUGCUCGGAUUGCGGGCUGAAUGUACACAAACAGUGCUCCAAACUGGUUCCUAGCGACUGCCAGCCAGACCUGCGCAGGAUAAAGAAAGUGUUCAGCUGUGACCUCACCACGCUUGUCAAAGCGCAUAACACAACGCGGCCCAUGGUGGUGGACAUGUGUAUUCGAGAGAUAGAGCUGAGAGGAAUGCAAUCUGAAGGUCUCUACCGAGUGUCUGGCUUCUCAGAGCACGUAGAGGAAGUGAGGCUCGCCUUUGACCGAGAUGGUGAAAAGGCUGACAUCAGUGCCGUUGCCUAUGCAGACAUCAACAUCAUUGCUGGUGCUCUGAAGCGCUACUUAAGAGACCUUCCCAUUCCAAUCAUUACGUUUGACUUGUACUCCAGAUUUAUUCAAGCUGCAAAAAUUCCAAAUGCUGAAUCCAGACUGGAGGGCAUCCACGAGAGUUUGCUGCAGCUGCCCCCCGCCCACUUUGAGACCCUACGUUACCUGAUGGCUCAUCUCAAGAGGGUGACGCAGUUUGAAAAGGACAAUUUAAUGAAUGCGGAGAACCUGGGGAUUGUCUACGGGCCGACGCUCAUGCAGCCACCAGAGCAGAAUGCCUUGACAACCCUGAAUGACAUGAGGCAGCAGAAACUAGUGGUGCAGCUUAUGAUAGAGCAUGAAGAUGUCUUAUUCUAAGGACUGAGGCCCGGGGGCCUUACAACAGAAACGAAGGACAUUUAUUUAUUCUGUCAUAUAGGACAUUCAAACCAUCCUGAUUCUUAUGAAGUUGCAGAAUAGUUUGUAAUCAAAUUGUACUUGAAACCCUUAUUCUUCUCGCAUGGCUGUUUUAGUUGAAAUUGGUUUAGUGUUGACAUUGUCUUGUAAACGUAAGUUUGGGUGUUCAUACCCAGCCAAGUCCAUCAUAUUUUUAUAUAUUUUUUUUUUACCUAGCUACAGUGCUGUUCUCUCCUAUCAUGAAUUUGAAGACUGUCACUACCUGGUGUAGACACAGUGUGUGAAAUGUGUGAACCAGCACAGCAGCAGCCUACCUAAUGUUCCCACAUUACAUGUGUGCUUAUUAUGAUAUAAGUGGGAUCUUUGUUUAAAGUUUAAUGUGGAUAAAGAUCUGUUCAUGUCAUGAUCAAUAUUUUAACAGUUUACUAAAAAUUGAAUUAUGAGACAAUUUGGCGCUCAUUAAGCACUUUUUUGCAACAAGUGUAAAGAUUUCUUUUGUAAAGAUGUUUAUUUUUGUCUUUUACUCUUGCAUCUUGUUCUUUUGUCACAAUAAUAUAUACUUUUGAGAAUGAUGUUUGAUGAAUUGAUGUCUAAAUACAAAACUGAUCACAAGAGAGAGAGAAAAAAACCUGACAAGAUACUGGUCAUUUUAAUUCACAUGUCAUGUUGCAGACUUAUUGUAAAACUCUUUGCACACAUGUCUGAUGCCAGGUU